CUGGGUAAGGAGGAAAGGGCGAAUGCCUUGCCAAGACCUGGGUACCGCGCUCGCGACGGUUGAGCUGUACUUGAGGGGACUUCUAAGUCGGAAAUGGCAAUGAGACGCGUCCGGAUGCCGUGGCGACCCAUGCACCCGCGACCACCCACGGAAAACGGAGGUGGAUGGGAGGUGUCGCUCCCAGCAGGCUACGCGAUUCAAGGAUUGGAUGUCGAAUGGAGAGCAGUGACCCUGGGAAGAGGACAGGCGUUCAUGAUGAUGGAAUGUUUGUGGGAUGGCUAGGUAAAGAAAUGGCGACUCAGGAAGGGAUCGAUGACCAGCAGAACGGAGGGAAUCAGGGCACGAAUGGGAAUGGGGAACGAAACGAGGGAUCAGCCAGGGAUCGAGAGUCAGCCAAACUGGAGGGGACCCGAAAAGACGGAAAGGACGCCUCAAUUGGAGAAAGCUCGGGGAAAGCUGGGGGUAGCAAAAGGGGACCUCAGGAAAACAGGGAAGGGGGAAACGACAUGAGAACAUGUACUCGAAACUCAGCACGAGCCACCCCUAAAAAGAUGAAAGUCUUGGAUACCAGUCAUAAACUGGCAGAGAUAGAGAAGCGGACCGCGGAAUUUAAGGCAAGACUUAUCGAGCAGAUGAUGACCGGGGAUGAGGAGGAGCUCCAGGACGCAGGGUCACGUGAGGGACGCAGGGCCGGUCAGGACGAGGCUAGGUAUGAGGGGAAGGAUGAUAGUCACAAAGGAACGCCUAGCAAGAAGGGGAAGGACAAGAGCGACCCCCAGGCGGCAGGAACGGAAAAUGCUAUGGCCCCACCCGCCAUUGACAGCGGCACUAGCAGACUACCCGCCACGCCGAAAGUAACAGGGGCGUGUGACGGACUCUGGAGCCUUAGGGAGAGAGUGCUAGGAUGGUUCGACCCAGAAGGAACACCGAAAACCAGGGAGAAGCAGAGGGAAAGCAAGGAAGGGGAAGGAGCCAGUGCAGCCGGGGAAGCGGGUGGCUCCGAAGAUGGUCUCAAGAAAGUAGUCGCCACCCUCAACAGGACACUGAACAAGAACCAGGGGUAUCUCGCAGAUGCAAAAAAGAAACUCACGUUCGAUGGGGCCAACAUUACGGAGUUUCUAAUAGACUAUGAGAACCUAGCAGCCUUACUGAAAUUGACGGAAGAGGAAAAGAUGGAGCACCUAGGACAACACGUAUCGUUAAGUUUGGAAAGGGACAUUAUGGCCAUCGUUGCCUCUAGUGGAUCCUGGAAAGAGACCAGGAAUGAGAUAAUGAGGAAAUACCUGAAGACAGAAAAAAUGGCAACAGAGGCAAAAUUAGCCGCAGUCCAGAGGAAAAACUAUGCGACCUACAACGAUUUCCUGAGGGCGUUCACGUUAGUGGCUUUGCGAAUUCUCGGGGUAACGGACCCCAUAAUGAGUAAAUACUUCCUCAGGCAAUUCUCCGAGUUUGAUAAGGAUAAGAUUUUGUCAGCAUACCAGCAGACCAGUAAGUUCGAAUACACGAGAGAUGUGGAUUUCAGCACCGUAACAGACCUGGUGGAAAAGACAGUGGUUACCGAGACGCUAGCCCUACUUAAGGAAGGGGAGGUCAUAGAUCUGACCGGGAAGACAGGGGAUAAGGUCAAGAAGGGGAUAGAGAGCCUGCAGGAACGGGUGCACGGGGUUGAUAGCAAGAUAGACGGAAUGGAAAAUGCGUUGUUAGUAAUGCAGGUGCAAGUGUCCAGACCCGCCCUCCCGCCCCAAGAGGCCGUGGUUCCGACAGUUGUAGCAAACGGGGGGUUUGGCAGGAGGGACCCGACCAACGAACAAUGCAAGUAUUGCACCAUGAUCGGGCAUUUCGUACGGGCCUGUCUGAGACUCAAUCACGAUAUCGAGCGGAAGAGGUGCAGUAGGUCCCUCAAAGGCAAGAUCCUCGGACUUAGGGGCUAGCGUGUCAAUUGGAACUCACAAGGAGGGAUGCGGCGAGCCGUCAUCCUCCUGAAUAACUUAGAGAUAGCUGCCGUAGAAGCAGAGCCGAUAGCCGAG